AAUCUCAGAAACUUCCCAAAUCUUGAGAAAACCUAUAGCCGUCCGUCCCUCUACUAAUAACUCCACUCUAAAACCCUGAUUCCCCAAAUUCUUCAUUUUUCCAUAUGAUCACCAAACAAUAAACAAAACCCCAAUUCAAUUCAAUUCAAUUCAAUUCCAUCAAAAAAUCAUGAAGAAACACUCCAUAAAACUCAUCACACAAUCUUUCUUAAACCCCAGAUUCAAUUCUUCAAUCAAACCCAUAACAACAACAAUCCAACAACAACAAAGAUUCUGCACAACACCCUCACCGCGAGUAACCGAAAUCGUUAACGAGCUAAUGAACCUAACACUAUUAGAAUCAGCAGACUUAACAGAAGUUAUGAGGAAAAAAAUGGGCAUUAAUGAGAUGCCAAUAAUGGCUGUUAUGAUGCCUGGAAUGGGGUUGAAAACAGGGGUCAAAAGUGGCGGUGGGGCGGCUGCUGCGAAAGCCGAAGAAAAGAGUGCAGAAAAGACUGCUUUUGAUUUGAAACUUGAAAGUGGGUUUGAUGUUGGAUCAAAGAUUAAGAUAAUUAAGGAAGUUAGGACUUUUACUGAUUUGGGUUUGAAAGAAGCUAAAGACUUGGUUGAGAAAGCUCCUACUUUAUUGAAGAAAGGCGUUCCGAAAGAGGAAGCCGACAAGAUUAUCGAGAAAAUGAAGGCGAUUGGUGCUAAAGUUGUUAUGGAAUGAGGCAGGCUUGUCAAUGGCGCACAUUUUCAUAAUGCAUUCGCGUUCGUCAAACAUAGGAGAUCAUGUCAGCUUUUCGUUGCAUACUCGUUCUUCUUCCUCUGUAGAAGUGAUUAUUUAUAUUUCUGUGCUAGUAAAGCACCAUGUAACAUUAGUUAGAUGUUAUCAAAGAAAUUGAUCUUUUUGGAAGACGGAUACAAAGUUUGGAAGUUAUAGACAUUCCAUUCCAAAUAAUUGUAACGAAUCGCAGAUGCUGUUGCUCAAAUUUUGUUCCAGAUUUUGAACAAUUUGAGCAUCAUUUCUUACCCAGAAUCUCGAUUGAUAUCUUCUAAAGUUUU